CGACGGUCAUCCCGACAGUCAUGCGUUUACAGUUAACGGUAACGUGUGUGUGUUACUAACAGCCCGCUACUCGGUGAGCCGGCUGUCACCGUUUACUGAAUCCGUUAACCGGUCAGAGGAGCAGCUAGCGGGUUAACUAACGGUCGCAGCUAGCAGCUAGCAGCUAACAGAAGAUGGAGGAGUUUCUGUCGAGCUGCCGCCGAGCCGUGAAGGGGAACCUUGAUCAGGCUGGUUCAGCGUUUCACGUGGUUCUGGGGAAUGAAGCCUGUGACGUGGACUCUAUGGUGUGUGCCCUGACCUACGCCUACUUCCUGUCCAAGACUGUACACAGUGAGAUGCUCGUUCUCCCGCUGCUGAACAUCCGUCAGUCAGACCUCGUGCUGCGUUCAGAUAAUGUCUUCCUGCUGCGACAGGUCGUUCUGUCUCCAGACCUCCUGCUGUUCAGAGACCAGCUGGACCUUAAAGCGCUUCACCGAGCCGGCCGCCUGCAGCUGACGCUGGUCGACCACAAUGUCCUGCCCAGUUCAGACAGCGACCUGGAGGGGGCAGUGGUGGAGGUGAUCGACCAUCACCAGCAGGAAAGAGAGCCGUCCACCUCCUGUCUUGUUACCGUGGAGAUGGUGGGAUCCUGCACAACCUUGGUAACAGAACGCAUCAUCCAGAAAGCUCCAGAGAUCCUGGACCAACAGAUUGCUCAACUGCUCUACGCGGCAGUGGUGUUGGACUGUGUCAACAUGGCGCCCGCAGCAGGUAAAGUGACGCCUAAAGACAGUCAGAUCGCUGCAGCGUUGGAGGCUCGUUUUCCCGCUCUGCCGCCGAGGGGCACUCUAUUUCAGACGCUGCAGGACGCCAAGUUUGACGUGUCAGGUCUGAACACUGAACAGAUGUUGUUGAAGGACAUGAAAGCUGUUUCAGGAAGUUUGAAUGUCGCUGUCUCUGUUCUCUACAUCACACUGCAGGACUUCCUGCAGGGGGCGGAGCUGGAGGCAGAGCUUUCAGAUUUCUGUUUGAAGUUUGGAUAUGACCUCCUGCUGCUGAUGACCAUCUCCUUCACUGAGAGCAAAGAGCCAAUGAGAGAGCUCGCUGUGUUUAGCCACAGCGCCGCCUGCAGGCAACAGGCGAGCCUCUACCUGGAACAGGCCCGUAACCCCGCCCUGAACCUCUGUCCAUUCAGCAGCCCCCAUUCGCACGUCAAAGCCUAUAAGCAAGGAAACACGCUGGCGUCUCGAAAGAAGGUCCUCCCCAUCAUUAAGGACUUCCUGAAGGAGCGAGACGGAGACGGUUGUCUGGGAGACAGUCGCCUGGGAGACAUGGAAGAGGAGGAUGAGUCUCGGGUCCCUCCGACCCCAAUGAACAGUCUGGUGGAGGGCUGUCCUCUGGAUGGCGGCCUGCCGCACAUAAGCGCACAGGCCCUGGAGGAGAAGUUCAGCAGCAUGACCUCUGACCUCUGACCUGUUACCUGUCCAUCAUUAGGACGUCUGCCUGUCUGUCUGUCUGUCGGAUGAUCAAGGUACCACAGAGAUGACAUCACAAACAUCAUUACGAAGUUUUUUUAUCCUCAGAUUAAACACACGGACGACGUUAACACAUCUGGGCUGAAGCCUGAUUUUACCGACUGACUCAAACACACCGUUUCAUUAAACCAUUACCAACAUCUGGAACAUUCAGAGACCUGAACACAUCUGGAACAACUUCCUCUUUCCUUCAAAACAAAAUGCAAAAUGCAUUCAUGACGUCAUGUAUUUACACAGAACCUUUUUGGAUCAGAAAUAUUUGAUUUAAAUGUGUUUUCAGUGUAAAAAGUGAUGUCUGAUGUGAUGGUGCUGCAGCAAAUUAUUAUUAUAAUUAUUAUGAUUAUUAUUAUUAUCAUUAUCAGUAUUAUUUAUUGUUAUUAUUAUUAUUAUUAUUAUUAUUAUUAUUAUAACUAUUAACAAUUGUCUGAAAACAGUGAAAAAUGCCAAAAACUCAGAGAUUCAGUUUACUGAAAUGUUAAAUAUAAAAAAUAACGAAAAACAUGAUUUAGGUUUAAUGUUAGCAAAACUGCUAAUUCUCACAUUAAAUUUGUCUUUGUUUGGAAAAUAACUUCAGCGGUUAAUCUGUCAUCGACACCGUUGCAGAUCAGUUUUCCUUCGCUCGACUGAAACCUGAUGAACAAGGAGCAGCGGACAAAAUAGUCUUUGAAUAAAGUUUAGAAAGUUGGUUUUACUCUCCUCAGAAUAUUUAAUUACGUGUGCUUUUAAGUUUAAUCAGCUUUGUCAUGUCAUUUGGAGACUCAGUAUUUGUAUAAAUGUCAAAUUACGGUUAUCAGUAUUUUUACACCAAGUUUUUUGAACAAAAACACCAACCGGGGAUUAAAAACAAAUCAAAGCAUAAAGUGAUUCUUCGUCUAAUACCCAUUAUUGUUUAUAUAAAAUGAGACAAUCCAGGUGAGAAGUCUGUGACCUCGUCCACACCUGGCUUGAUCAUGUGACCCGGAUCACAUGCUAAAGAGUUAUAUCAGUGUAACCAUACCCAAAAGUGAUGUCACAGUCUCCUGUGCAUCACUGCAGCCAGGUGACAUCACAGGUGUCAAACACUAUUAUGGUACUACUAGUGAAUUCUCAGUGGGCGUGGUCUAAAAAUGUGUGUCACACCUGUACCUGUCUAUGGUCAUGUGAUCCCUCUGAUUUCAUGCACGUUUUACCCUAAAUCUAAGCGAGAACAGCUGAUUUCACUUUAAUAAAACACUUCCUGUUGAUGUUUCACAACAAGUGUUUUAGGGAAGAAGCUCUGAACCAGCAGAGGGAUUUUAUUGUGAAACAGACAGGAUGUGAUGCAGCAACAGGAAGUGGUAAGAGGAAGAAGUUUUCUUUCAAAUGACAGUUUUUAUUGCUUGUGGGUUUUUUCAGCUGUGUUGUUGCCUGCAGGCAAGACAGCAGCUCUCAGCCUUAAAAGAGGACCUUUUAUUCUUUUCCUUAUUUCCUGUCAUUUCUGUAAUGCUACAGUGUUCAAUGUUCAUAUUAAUCGUGGCCAAAGUGUUAAAUAAUGAUUUACACGUACAUAAAAGUAUUUCCUGUGAGCAAAAGCCUGAGGCUUCAGACCGCUCUGAAUACUCUGUUUACAACAGUUUUUUUUUUUUUUUUUCUACUGUCAAGACAAGCUGACGUCAGGUCGUGACAGGUUUCUUUAUAUGGUCGUCUGCACCAGGUACACUACUAUAUGUGUUUACUUUACAUACACUGCUACAUGUAGCCACAUGCUAAUGUCAGGGAAACAUGUAAUCUUGGUUGCUGAUGUUGUAAAUUACCGUGGACAGUGCGGCGAUUCUCCAUCACAGUCAUUCCCUCGCUGCAAUGACGGUGCAGAAACACUAACCUAUGGAAGACCCAGAAACAUUGACCAAGCAGAGUAGACUUUUUCGGGAGGGGGCGCUUUAAGAAACAGACAAUAAAACUAGGGCUGGGUGAUACGGCAAAAAAUAUUAUCAUGCUGAUUUUCCCAGUAUUGAUCAAUAUCGAUAUUUGUGAGGAUAUAUAAUUUGAUAAUGCUGCGAGUUUGAAAAGUGUCCUGAUAACGUCACACCUGAAGGAACCAAAUGAUUUUCCAGCUUCCUACGGCGCUCGUUGUAAAGCUGCGGCAGAGCAGAGAAAAAUAUUUCCCUCCUGGCAGCUCAUACCUGCAGUCUAGCUCUUUAAUAAAUUUCUCAAACCCGUCUUUCCCACGGUGCUCAUGGGGGUCGUGUUUGGCUAGAAAAUAUGGCAACAUGUCUGUUAUAUCUCUGCACUUGUUCAGUCACUUCUCUUACGGGGUUAUGGUGGUUUUGGUGCAGCCCCGCUAGCGCUGCCCACAGUAGCAGAAGUGCUCGGCCCUUGAACACUUGUUGGUGGACUUACUGCAGUUUUGGUGGAUUUUCAUGUGUAGUCGCUGGGAUGCCUCCUUUUCAGGUGAUGGAAAAGGUUUGUUGUGCGUUCCGUCCUGGUUGGCACCAACCCACGACAUAUUUUGCAGACUGUCAUUGUCUGUAUCCAAACCACUUCCAAAUUAUUGAUGUUGUGUAACCUUUUUUAACCACAAUUUCAUCCAUUUUUGAGGAUGAUGCGAGCUCUUCCUCAGCUUCACCGCCGCCUUGCUCCUCACUUCCACUCCCACUUUCCCCCUCUUUUCGUGACGUCCACGCUUCUUUCAGCUCCUCCUCACCUCAGCACACACUUUGCAGUGAAAAGUGGGCGUGUACAAUGACGCUCAUCCCAAAAACUGCAGAUUGAUUAUAGUUUAUUGUCGUCAUUGACACAUGUUUUAUUGCAAUCCCGCUUCAACAUCGUUUUAUCACCCAGCCCUAGCUAAAACAGAGCGUCUCAAUCAGAGGGUGAAUGCAGGUGUUCCAGCACAGACAGUUUGAGGACAGUAUAGUGUUUUCAAACAUUUAAACAUGUAAUCGUCUUCUAGAAGAGAAGAAGCCUAAAAUAUGAGUAUGAACCUGUAAAUGAGCACAAUAGGUCCCCUUUAAACAGAUCCUGCUGACCUUUGACCCCAAACACCUCAUCAUGUCACAUCAGACAUCAACACCUGUUGUGUUUGUAUCAACCUGUUUCCCUUCAUAAAGGUACAUUACAACAGUUCCUGUCAGAUGACUGCCACCUGCUGGUUACCUGCAGCAUUGUGACAUCAGUAAUCACCUCUUUUCAGACCUGUUUUAAACUGUUGAUCAAAACAAAUUUAACAACAAAACACAAACAGUAUUAGAUAAAAUCAGCUGACGUGAACUGUUGAAUCUGUGAACGACAAUCAUUAAAGUUUUGUGUUUGGAACUUCCUAUUGAUUCAUUUCUUUUUUCCAGAUGAUGUAAAGUUACAGGAGAUCAGAGGUCACCUCGACUCACCUCGACUCCUGCUGAAGGGUCUGUUGUGUUUUUCUGUAGCUGCUGAUUAAUUGUGUUUAUGUAAAGAAUUAAAGGAACAGUUCACCUUG